AUGUCCCCAAACAUUCUCGUCGUCGGCGCUACAGGUAAGCAGGGAGGCAAGGCAGCAGCCGCCGUCCUCGCAGCACAGUCAACCAAUCCCGAUCUCAACCUCACUUUCAUCACGCGAAACCCCGACUCGGGCUCCUCCCAGAAGCUCGUCGCUCAAGGUGCUACACCCAUCCAAGCCGAUCUUGGCGACAGAACGUCUUUGGUCAAGGCUCUUCAAGGUAUUGACAGAGCGUUCUUUGUGACUGACGCGGCGGUCGGAGAGGAGAAAGAAGCUCAGCAAGGUAUUACUUUUGUCGAUGCCGCUUUGGAGGCGGGAGUGAAGCACUUGGUGUAUACUAGUGUUGGAGAUGCCGAUGUUGCUACUGGAGUCGAGCAGUAUCUCGUUUCGUCUGGUAUUCCAUUCACCAUCCUCCGUCCUGUAGCCUUCAUGGACAACUUCCCGACCGAAGCGGGCCUCACCCGAUUCUUCGUCACUGGCCUCUUCUUCUCCUCCUUCGGCCUCCAAAAAGUCGACCUUAUCUCCACCUCCGACAUCGGCGUGUUCGCCGGUAAAGCUCUCCUCGACCCCGAGGGUUCUCACUUCCGCAACCGUAUCCUCCAACUCUCCGCUGGGACUUAUGGGCUGGAUGACUUUACGAGGGCAAUUGAGAAGGUGCAGGGGCAUACGCCGUGGUUUGCAAGGUAUGGGACGAGGUGGGUUAGGAGUGCGAUGCCGUUUGAUUUCAAGCAGAUGUUUACUUUCUUUGACGACCCCGGAUACAAGCCUACCGACGUAGGCGAGCUUCGACGUAUCCACCCCGGGUUGUUGAGUCUGGAGGAUUGGUUCAGGGAGAAUACGCCUCAGGCUAAGAAGGUGGUUUGA